CCUGGAGCCCAGGAUUUGGUGGAUUUCUCCCCAGUUUAUCGCUGCCUGCACAUCUAUUCUGUCCUGGGCGCCCGAGAAACCUUCGAGAGCUACUACAGGAAGCAGAGGAGAAAACAAGCCCGGCUGGUCCUGCAGCCUCCUUCCAACAUGCACGAAACCUUGGAUGGCUACAGGAAGUAUUUUAAUCAAAUCGUAGGGUUCUUCGUGGUGGAGGAUCACAUCCUGCACACCACGCAGGGCUUGGUCAACCGGGCCUACCUGGAUGAGCUGUGGGAAAUGGCCUUGUCCAAAACCAUCGCCGCGCUCCGGACGCACUCGUCCUACUGCUCCGACCCGAGCCUGGUGUUAGACUUGAAGAACCUCAUUGUCCUCUUUGCUGACACACUCCAGGGCUAUGGCUUCCCAGUGAACCAGCUCUUUGACAUGCUGUUGGAGAUCCAGGACCAGUACAGUGAAACCCUCCUGAAGAAAUGGUCAGGAGUUUUCAGAAAUAUACUUGACUCAGACAACUACAGCCCCAUCCCGGUGUCAAAUGAAGAACUUUAUAAGAAAAUAGUUGGACAGUUCCCAUUCCAGGACGCUGAACUUGAAAAGCAACCCUUUCCAAAGAAGUUCCCCUUCUCCGAGUUUGUGCCUAAAGUUUACAAUCAGAUCAAGGAAUUCAUCUAUGCCUGCCUGAAGUUCUCGGAGGACCUUCACCUGAGCUCCACCGAGGUCGACGACAUGAUCCGGAAAUCCACGAACCUGCUGCUGACCCGGACGCUGAGCAACUGUUUACAGACGGUCAUCAAGAGGAGAAACGUGGGGCUGACGGAGCUCGUGCAGAUUAUUAUAAACACGACCCAUCUGGAGAAAUCCUGCAAGUUCCUCGAGGAAUUCAUCACCAACAUCACCAACGUGCUUCCGGAAACCGUGCACACGACGAAGCUCUACGGGACCACCACCUUCAAGGACGCCCGGCACGCGGCCGAGGAGGAGAUCUACACCAACCUCAACCAGAAGAUCGACCAGUUCCUGCAGCUGGCAGACUACGAC